AGCCUGCUGACAUGACAUCGGCCACAGAGUUUGAAAACGUGGGCAACCAGCCACCGUACAGCCGGAUCAAUGCCCGCUGGGAUGCCCCGGACGAUGAGCUGGAUAAUGACAACAGCUCAGCCAGGCUCUUUGAGAGGUCCCGGAUCAAGGCCUUGGCAGAUGAGCGUGAAGUUGUUCAAAAGAAGACUUUCACAAAAUGGGUGAACUCGCAUCUGGCCCGCGUCUCCUGCCGCAUCACCGAUCUCUACAAGGACCUGCGGGAUGGGCGGAUGCUCAUCAAGCUGCUGGAGGUGCUCUCUGGAGAGAUGCUGCCAAAGCCCACGAAGGGGAAGAUGCGCAUCCACUGCCUGGAGAAUGUGGACAAGGCCCUGCAGUUCCUGAAGGAGCAGCGCGUGCACCUGGAGAACAUGGGAUCCCAUGACAUCGUGGAUGGCAACCACCGCCUGGUCCUGGGCCUCAUCUGGACCAUCAUCCUCCGCUUCCAGAUUCAGGACAUCGUUGUCCAAACUCAGGAAGGCCGGGAGACGCGCUCAGCCAAGGAUGCAUUGCUACUGUGGUGUCAGAUGAAGACAGCAGGCUACCCUCAUGUCAACGUCACCAACUUCACGUCCAGCUGGAAGGAUGGCCUGGCCUUCAAUGCCCUGAUACACAAACACCGGCCCGACCUGAUUGACUUUGAUAAGCUGAAAGACUCCAAUGCCCGACACAACCUGGAGCAUGCGUUUGAUGUGGCCGAGCGUCAGCUGGGGAUCAUCCCACUCCUAGACCCCGAAGAUGUCUUCACAGAAAAUCCCGAUGAGAAAUCCAUCAUCACCUACGUGGUGGCGUUUUACCACUACUUCUCCAAGAUGAAGGUGCUGGCGGUGGAGGGCAAACGCGUUGGCAAGGUCAUUGACCAUGCCAUUGAGACAGAGAAGAUGAUUGAAAAGUACAGUGGGCUCGCCUCGGACCUGCUCACCUGGAUCGAGCAGACCAUCACUGUCCUGAACAGCCGUAAGUUCGCCAACUCACUGACCGGUGUCCAGCAGCAGCUGCAGGCCUUCAGCACCUACCGCACUGUGGAGAAGCCACCCAAGUUUCAGGAGAAGGGGAACCUGGAAGUCCUACUUUUUACCAUUCAGUCCCGGAUGAGAGCCAAUAAUCAGAAAGUGUACACACCCCACGAUGGGAAAUUAGUAUCUGACAUCAACCGGGCCUGGGAAAGCCUAGAGGAAGCUGAGUAUCGGCGGGAGCUGGCCCUGAGAAAUGAGCUCAUUCGGCAGGAGAAGCUAGAGCAGUUGGCCCGGCGCUUUGACCGAAAGGCCGCCAUGAGAGAGACGUGGCUCAAUGAAAACCAGCGCCUGGUGGCCCAGGAUAACUUCGGAUAUGACCUGGCAGCUGUGGAAGCUGCCAAGAAAAAGCACGAGGCCAUCGAGACUGACACGGCUGCCUAUGAGGAGCGGGUGCGGGCCCUGGAAGACCUGGCCCAGGAGCUGGAGAAGGAGAAUUACCAUGACCAGAAGCGCAUCAUGGCCCGCAAGGACAACAUCCUGCGGUUAUGGAACUACCUGCAGGAGCUGCUGCGGUCCCGACGCCAGAGGCUCGAGACCACCCUGGCACUCCAGAAGCUCUUCCAGGACAUGCUACACAGCAUCGACUGGAUGGACGAGAUCAAGGCUCACCUCUUAUCUGCAGAGUUUGGGAAGCACUUGUUGGAGGUCGAGGACUUGCUACAGAAGCACAAGUUGAUGGAAGCUGAUAUUGCCAUCCAAGGGGACAAAGUGAAGGCCAUCACUGCAGCCACCCUGCGGUUCACUGAGGGGAAAGGGUACCAGCCUUGUGACCCCCAGGUCAUCCAAGAUCGUGUCAGUCACCUGGAGCAGUGCUUCGGGGAGCUGAGCAACAUGGCAGCUGGGCGGAAGGCCCAACUGGAGCAGUCCAAGCGGCUCUGGAAGUUCUUCUGGGAGAUGGAUGAGGCUGAGAGCUGGAUCAAAGAGAAGGAGCAGAUCUACUCCUCCCUGGACUACGGCAAAGACCUGACCAGUGUGCUCAUCUUGCAGCGCAAACACAAGGCCUUUGAGGACGAGCUCCGGGGGCUGGACACCCACCUGGAGCAGAUCUUCCAGGAGGCUGAGGGCAUGGUUGCACGCAAGCAGUUUGGGCACCCGCAGAUCGAGGCCCGCAUCAAGGAGGUGUCAGCCCAGUGGGACCAACUGAAGGAACUGGCUGCUUUCCGCAAGAAGAACCUUCAGGAUGCUGAGAAUUUCUUCCAGUUCCAGGGUGAUGCAGAUGAUCUGAAGUCCUGGCUACAAAAUGCCUACCAGCUCCUCUCGGGUGAAGAUAUGGGGCAAGAUGAAGGGGCCACUCGGGCCCUGGGGAAAAAGCACAAGGACUUCAUGGAAGAGCUGGAGGAGAGCCGUGGGGUGAUGGAGCACUUGGAACAGCAGGCCCAGGGCUUCCCCCAAGAGUUUCGGGACUCUCCAGAUGUGACUAAUCGACUGCAGGCCCUCCGAGAGCUCUACCAGAAGGUGGUGGCACAGGCAGAUCUGCGGCAACAGAGGCUACAGGAUGCCCUGGACCUGUAUACAGUGUUUGGAGAGACAGAUGCCUGUGAACUGUGGAUGGGCGAGAAGGAGAAGUGGCUGACCCAGAUGAAAACCCCAGAUACCCUGGAGGACCUGGAGGUUGUGCAGCACAGGUUUGAUAUCCUGGACCAGGAGAUGAAGACUCUGAUGGCUCAAAUUGAUGGCGUGAACCUCGCUGCCAACAACCUGGUAGAGAGUGGCCAUCCACGCAGUGGAGAAGUGAAGAAGUAUCAGGACCACCUGAACACCAGGUGGCAGGCAUUCCAGGCCAUGGUGUUAGAGAAGCGGGAGGCAGUGGACUCGGCCCUCCGGGUGCACAACUACUGCGUGGACUGCGAGGAGACCAGCAAGUGGAUCCUGGACAAGACGAAGGUAGUGGAGUCUACAAAGGACCUGGGGCGGGACCUGGCAGGUGUCAUUGCCAUCCAGCGGAAGUUGUCAGGGCUGGAGCGCGACGUGGCUGCCAUCCAGGCCCGUGUGGGUUCCCUGGAGCGAGAGUCGCAGCGGCUGAUGGAGUCACAUCCCGAGCUGAAGGAGGUCAUUGGCCAGCGGCAGGCGUACGUGGAGGAGCUGUGGCAGGGUCUACAGCAAGCCCUGAAGGGCCAGGAGGCCUCCCUGGGGGAAGCCAGCCAGCUGCAGGCCUUCCUGCAGGAUCUGGAUGACUUCCAGGCCUGGCUUUCCAUGGCCCAGAAGGCCGUGGCCUCUGAGGACACACCCGAGUCGCUCCCAGAGGCGGAGCAGCUUCUGCAGCAGCACGCAGACAUCAAGGAUGAGAUUGACAAGCACCAGGAGAGCUUCCGGCACGUCAAGGAGUCUGGGGAGAAGGUGAUCCAAGACCAGACGGACCCCGAGUACCUGCUUCUGGGCCAGCGGCUGGAGGGCCUGGAUACCGGCUGGGACGCCCUGUGCCGCAUGUGGGAGAGCCGUGGCCACUCCCUCGCCCAGUGCCGCGGCUUCCAGGAGUUCCAGAAAGAUGCCAAGCAGGCUGAAGCCAUCCUCAGCAACCAGGAAUAUACUCUGACUCACUUGGAGCCCCCAAACUCCCUGGAAGCUGCAGAGGCUGGAAUCCGGAAGUUUGAGGACUUCUUGGUGUCUAUGGAGAAUAACCAGGAUAAGGUCUUGAGUCCUGUGGACUUUGGAAACAAGCUGGUAGCCGAGGGAAACCUGUACUCAGACAAGAUCAAGGAGAAGGUGCAGCUGAUUGAGGACAGGCACAGGAAGAACAACAAGACGGCCCAGGACAUCUCAGUCCUUCUGAGGGACAACCUUGAGCUCCAGAACUUCCUCCAGAACUGCGAGGAGCUUACUCUCUGGAUCAAUGAAAAGCUGCUGACAUCUCAAGAUGUCUCCUACGAUGAAGCACGAAACCUUCACAACAAGUGGCUGAAGCACCAGGCAUUUAUGGCUGAGCUGGCUUCCCACCAAGGAUGGCUUGAGAACAUCGAUGCGGAGGGAAAGCUACUAAUGGAGGAGAAACCCCAGUUUACAGACCGGGUGUCCCCGAAGCUAGAAGCCUUGCACCGCCUCUGGGAUGAGCUGCAGGCCACCACGAAGGAGAAGGCCCAGCAACUCUCGGCCGCCAGGAGCUCUGACCUGCGCUCGCAGACCCACGCCGACCUCAAUAAGUGGAUCAGCGCCAUGCAGGAGCAGCUGCGGUCAGAUGACCCGGGCAAGGACCUUACCAGUGUCAACCGGAUGUUAGCUAAACUGAAGCGAGUGGAGGACCAAGUGAAUGUGCGGAAGGCGGAGCUGGAGGAGCUGUUUGACCAGGUGCCCUUGUUGGGAGAGGAGGCAGGAGACGCAGACUUGAGCAUCGAGAAGCGGUUCCUGGACCUGCUGGAGCCACUGGGGAGGAGGAAGAAGCAGCUGGAAUCAUCCAAAGCCAAGCUGCAGAUCGGCCGGGACUUAGAGGAUGAGACGCUCUGGGUGGAGGAGAGGCUGCCUCUGGCCCAGUCGGCUGACUACGGCUCCAAUCUGCAAACCGUGCAGCUGUUUAUGAAGAAGAACCAGACGCUGCAAAACGAGAUCCUGGGCCACGCGCCGCGGAUCGAGGACGUGCUGCGGAGAGGGCAGCAGCUGGUGGAGGCAGCAGAGAUCGACUGUGGAGACAUCCAGGAGCGUCUGGGGCACCUGCAGGGCUCCUGGGACACACUGAGGGAGGCAGCGGCCGGGCGGCUGCAACGCCUGCGGGAUGCCAACGAGGCGCAGCAGUACUACCUGGAUGCCGGUGAGGCCGAGGCCUGGAUCAGCGAGCAGGAGCUCUAUGUCAUCUCCGACGAGACCCCCAAGGAUGAAGAGGGUGCCAUCGUGAUGCUCAAGCGGCAUCUGCGGCAGCAGCGCGCCGUGGAGGAAUACGGGAGGAACAUCAAGCAGCUGGCUGGCCGGGCCCAGGGCCUGCUGUCUGCAGGCCACCCCGAGGGGGAACAGAUCAUCAGACUUCAGGGCCAGGUGGACAAGCAGUAUGCGGGGCUCAAGGACAUGGCUGAAGAGCGCAAGCGGAAGCUGGAGAACAUGUACCACCUGUUCCAGCUGAAGAGGGAGGCCGACGACCUGGAGCAGUGGAUUGCUGAAAAGGAGCUGGUAGCCUCUUCCCCAGAAAUGGGGCAAGACUUCGACCACGUUACUCUGCUCAGGGACAAGUUCCGGGACUUUGCCCGGGAGACUGGGGCAAUCGGGCAGGAGCGGGUGGACAACGUGAACGCCAUCAUUGAGCAGCUCAUCGACGCUGGCCACGGUGAGGCGGCCACCAUCGCUGAGUGGAAAGACGGGCUGAAUGAGAUGUGGGCAGACCUGCUGGAGCUCAUUGACACACGCAUGCAGCUGCUGGCUGCCUCCUAUGACCUGCACCGCUACUUCUACACGGGCACCGAGAUCCUGGGCCUCAUCGACGAGAAGCACCGUGAGCUGCCCGAGGACGUGGGGCCAGACGCCAGCACAGCCGAGUCCUUCCACCGGGUGCACACGGCCUUCGAGCGGGAGCUCCACCUACUGGGCGUGCAGGUGCAGCAGUUCCAGGACGUGGCCACCCGCCUGCAGACAGCAUACGCUGGGGAGAAGGCCGACGCCAUCCAGAACAAGGAGCAGGAGGUGUCUGCCGCGUGGCAAGCACUGCUCAAAGCCUGCGCUGGGCGCCGGACCCAGCUGGUGGACACGGCGGACAAAUUCCGCUUCUUCAGCAUGGCCCGUGACCUCCUCUCCUGGAUGGAAAGCAUCAUCCGGCAGAUCGAGACCCAGGAAAGGCCCAGGGACGUCUCCUCAGUGGAACUGCUCAUGAAGUACCACCAGGGCAUCAAGGCGGAGAUGGAAACCCGGAGCAAGAACUUCAGUGCCUGCCUGGAGCUCGGCGAGUCCCUGCUGCAGAGGCAGCACCAGGCCUCAGACGAGAUCAGCGAGAAGCUGCGGCAGGUGGUGUCCAGGAGGAAGGAGAUGAACGAGAAGUGGGAGGCCCGCUGGGAGCGGCUCCGCAUGUUGCUGGAGGUGUGCCAGUUCUCGAGGGAUGCCUCUGUGGCCGAAGCGUGGCUAAUCGCCCAGGAGCCCUACCUGGCCAGCCGAGACUUUGGACACACCGUGGACAGCGUGGAGAAGCUCAUCAAGAGGCACGAGGCCUUUGAGAAGUCUACAGCCAGCUGGGCGGAACGCUUCGCUGCCCUGGAGAAGCCCACCACGCUGGAGCUUAAAGAACGCCAGACCCCGGAGAGACCCACAGAAGAACCUGGGCCACAAGAGGAGGAAGGCGAGACAGCAGGGGAGGCUCCCCGAGUGCAUCGAGCAGCCACCGAGAGAACGUCCCCGGGGGAAGAAAAGGGGCCAUGGCCUCAGGAUCAGCAGCCGCCACCUCCACCAGGGCAGCGCGAGGAUGAACAGGAGAAAUCUGGUGGGGACAAGAGGCCCGCCACGGAACCUGUCUUUAAGGUCCUAGACACACCUCUGAGCGAGGGUGACGAGCCCACAACGCUGCCGACCCAGCGGGACCACGGGCACAGCGUGCAGAUGGAGGGCUACCUGGGCCGCAAGCACGACCUGGAGGGGCCCAACAAGAAGGCCUCCAACAGGUCCUGGAACAACCUGUACUGUGUGCUCAGGAACAGCGAGCUGACCUUCUACAAGGAUGCCAAGAACCUGGCUCUGGGGGUACCCUACCAUGGGGAGGAACCCCUGGCCCUGAGACAUGCUAUCUGUGAGAUUGCAGCCAACUACAAGAAGAAGAAGCACGUCUUUAAGCUGAGGCUGAGCAAUGGCAGCGAGUGGCUCUUCCACGGCAAGGACGAGGAGGAGAUGGUGUCCUGGCUGCAGGGCGUGAGCACCGCCAUCAACGAGUCCCAGAGCAUCCGCGUCAAGGCGCAGAGCCUGCCCCUGCCGCCCCUCUCCGGCCCCGACGUCAGCCUCGGCAAGAAAGACAAGGAGAAGAGAUUCAGUUUCUUCCCCAAAAAGAAGUAGCAGCAGGCGCCCAGCGCGGCGGGGCGGGGCGUGCAGGGACCUGGACCUCCGCGCCUUCCUCCCGCUGCCUGCCGCCUGCC